AAGAAAAAAUCAAGUUCCAAUAAGUCCUGCCUUUCUCAUCUCUGUGUCAAAGUCUCUCGUCUCUCUGGUUCUGCAACGCCAGAAAAAGGAGAAAACAGCCCAACAGAAGUCAGUAGCGUCAGCCGCCUACCACCAUCAUCCUCUCUUUUUCUACCUUUCAAUCUGAUCAACCAAAGUACCAACAGAAAGGAAUAAAAAACCCCACAGACACAACGAAUUGCUUCCAACAACACCACUUCCCACAGCCCAAAAAGCAAAAACCAUAAAAAGGAAGAGAGAGAGAUAGAGGGAGGAAAAGUAAAGAAGGGAGGUGAAAGAGUGAAAGGGAUACCAUCCGUGUCUUUAUUGCUACUAUUUUCUUGGGUUUUUUUUUUUCUUUCUUUUUGUUGGCUUCGUUCGUUGAUUUUUCUUGGAGUUGUUAAUUGUCCAGCAAAAACGCCUUCCCCUCUCCUCCUCUGCGUUUAUUUAUUCCUCCUCCUCCCCCCUCUCUUUCUCUCUCUCUCUCUCUCUCAGACUCUCAGCGGUCUCCUUUUCCCUCCGUCCCUUCCUCUUCUCUACCUCUUUCUCGGAAGGUCCACAAACGGACACCUACCCCCUUCUCCUUCUCUCUCUGUAUCUCUUUCUGAAGGAAGAAUAUGUUACAGAAGCUGCAGCAAAAGUCGUCGUACAAGGAGACGCUCAAGGCAUUGGAGGCAGAUAUUCAACAUGCCAAUACCCUACAAUUACAGCCCGUGAUCUCUUUACAUUGGAAGCGUAACCUCGGAAGCACACCAUCAAGAAUUGGGCGGCUUCUAUUCCCGGAGGUUUUGAUGGUGCUUGCCUUCAGAUGAGAUUAUCUUACAGUCCCAUAGCACCUAUUGUUCUUUUCCUCAUUGAGUGGAUGGAUUUUAGUUUCUCAAGCUGCUUAGGCUUGCUUCACAUUCUAAUUUAUAAGGUGUAUGUUGAUGGAAGGACGACCAUUUCUGCCGAAGAAAGGAAAGCUAGCCUUAAGGAAUUCUAUGCGGUUAUCUACCCUUCUCUACAGCAACUGGAAGCUGAUUAUAUGGAGUUGGAAGACAAUAAGCAGAGAGCCAGGUGCAAAGAACGGUUAACCCGGAAGAGGAUUGAAGAGCGGAGAAAGCUGUCAGAUUUGGACUUGGAAAGAGAAGAUGAAUGUGGGAUUUGCAUGGAAACUUGCGGCAAAGUUGUCCUCCCAAAUUGUGGACAUGCAAUGUGCAUCAAAUGCUUCCGUGACUGGAACACGAGGUCCAAGUCCUGCCCAUUUUGCAGAGACAGCCUGAAGAGAGUGAACUCAAGAGAUCUCUGGGUUCUAACCAGCAGCUCUGAAGUCAUUGAUACCACAAAGCUGGCCAAGGAAAACUUAAGGCAAUUGUAUGUCUAUAUUCAGAGCCUUCCUCUCAUCAUGCCUGAGAGCCUCUUCUUUGUCUAUGAUUAUACCAUAUGAUAUGUACAGGGAUGCCUACAGGGUGGAUCCCAUUGUUUAGAUGAGGGUAAGAUGGUGUACAGUGCGAAAAGAAUUGCCGACCACCACCUGUAAAUAGAGUCUGGCAUGAGAUGAUCAUGCAGCCUUUGCAUCAUCCCAUCAUAUCUUCUUUUCUUUUCAUUUUUCUCCUAUUGAUGAUAAAGCUGGGGGUAACCAUACCUGAUUCUAACCGGAAACCCCUUAGUUGUCAUAAUGCAACCUUAUCAUCCAGCUGUGCCAUUUGGCUCCCGUCCUUGGAGUGUCUCUUGUCACUGCUUGGAGAAAUGAAAUGGUGCAUUUUACUUGGCUGAAGAUUGAACCUCUGAUCUUUCUUGAGAUCAUUUCAUCUUUUGUGCAGAGAAGGCUUCAUCUUCACUAUUUGCAGCUAACAUGAGAAACUCAUAAACUUACAACAGAUUGUUGUUUGUAAGCAGUCCUUUAUCUGGAAAGGCUUGAAUAAGUUCAACUGUUA